UGGGGCCCCCGGGCAGUAGGGGAUGAUGGGGCCCCUGUGUCCUUGCCCAAACUCAAAAAAGCCUAUGAAAAAGGUACCAGGGGCAUCUCAUGGCCCUGGGCCCUCGGGCAGUGCCUGAGUUUCCAAAUGGUCAGUCCGCCCUUGGAUACAAGAUAUUUACAGUAUACGAGCUAUAGAAUUGUUGCCCUUAAUAUUUUUGUUUCUAGGAAAAACUGUAUUGCAAUACAUUACAUUAAUGCAUAUUGCAUCAAUGAAAAGUACAGUUUCCAGUGUUCAGAAUAGUUUUUCAAAC